CAUUCUCUUCCAUUUCCAAAAGCACAUAUAUAUACAAUUAUACAGCAUUAACAUCUGGAAAGGAAACAAGUAGAAAACAAUCUAGAACAUGGCUAGGCUAUGCUACAUUUCUUUCUUAAUCACACUAAUAUUCCAACAACUCAGAUUCUGCAUUUCAUGGCAUGAGGAGCAAGUACCAACACCCCCUUUGCCACUUAUCCCACUCCCAACAUAUUCUCAGUUGAAAUGGCAACAAAGGGAGAUCAUAAUGUUCCUUCAUUUUGGUGUCAACACAUUCACUAACAGCGAGUGGGGCACAGGCCAUGAAAGCCCAGAAAUCUUCAACCCCACAGGGAUCAACACCACCCAGUGGGCCACUGUGGCAGCAGAUGCAGGAAUUUCAUUGAUGAUAUUAACUGCAAAACACCAUGAUGGGUUUUGCCUCUGGCCUUCUAAGUACACUCAACAUUCUGUCAUUAGCAGCCCCUGGCAAGGUGGCAAAGGUGACGUUGUUCAAGAGUUUGUUAAUGCAGCUACGUCGCAAGGAAUUGAUGUAGGGAUCUACCUUUCUCCAUGGGAUAGACAUGACCCUAGAUAUGGCCAUGACUUGCUCUACAAUCAGUAUUACUUGGCUCAAUUGCAAGAGCUACUCAAAAAAUAUCAAAAUGUUAGAGAAAUUUGGUUUGAUGGAGCAAAGGAUCCAAAGACACAGAAUGUGUCGUAUUACUUUUCAGAUUGGUUUUCCAUGGUGAAGGAGUUGCAGAGUUCUAUCAACAUCUUUUCUGAUGCUGGUCCUGACGUUAGGUGGGUGGGAGAUGAAUCAGGGUCUGCAGGGUACACAUGUUGGUCUACCAUUAAUCGAACGUCUCUAUCAAUUGGAAGUCCAAACAUUACUCAGUAUCUUAGCACUGGUGAUCCAAAAGGGACAGAUUGGCUACCAGCGGAAUGUGAUGUUUCUAUCAGAAAUGGAUGGUUUUGGCACAAGUCAGAAUCCCCAAAAAAGCUAAGCGAGCUACUUGAUAUUUAUUACAAUUCAGUUGGGAGAAAUUGUGUGUUACUUCUCAAUGUACCUCCUAAUACAACUGGUCUUAUAUCUGAUCUUGAUGCUCAUAGAUUAAAAGAAUUUAGAAGUGCAAUUAAUACAAUUUUUCAUCAGAAUCUUGCUCAAGGUUGUUUUAUUAAAGUUAGUAGCCAAAGAGGGGGGAAUGGGGGAGGUUUUGGACCAGAAAACAUGCUAGACAGUGAUCACGUGUGGUCCUAUUGGGCCCCCAGUGAAGAUGGCGAUCAAGAGGACCAUUGGGUUGAAAUUUGGGCCAAGGAUAGAAGUGUAAGAUUCAAUGUGAUUAGAAUACAAGAAGCAAUUGGACUUGGUCAAAGGAUCGAACGGCAUGAAAUCUAUGUGGAUGAUAAAUUGAUCAUCAAAGGGACAACAGUGGGUUACAAAAGGCUUCAUAGGCUUGAUGGGGAUGAUGUCAAUGCCCAUGUUGUGAGGAUAAGAAUCACAAAGGCAAGAGGAGUGCCUCUUAUUUCUUCUAUUGGCCUGCAUUUUGAUCCUUUCUGGCACUCUAAGUUUACUGUGACAUGAAGAGUUAAAUCUGAGAAGGAAAAAAAAAGGAGCAUGGAAUGUUGAAAUCUUGUUUUUUAAGUAAAGAACAAUAA